UCUAAUUGUAAUCGCUGUCUCUUAAUCAUAAGUAUAGGAAGUGGUCUAGUGAUUCGUACUUCAGUAAUUCUCCAGAUCCACAAUUGUGUUGUUUGCGAGUGGUGUUCAAUAUUCUAGCAACUUAAUGCACGUACAGAUAAUAAUUAUCGGUAUAGAAGGCAUCACAGAAAGACCUUUUUAAAAAAGUAUCCAUAGAAAUUUGGUAGAGGAUAUUAUCUAACAGCGUAUAAAAAGAGUUACAUUUACAUUUCUUUUUUAGAAAGAAAUGACGACCUUCACAGGAAAUGUGUUAAUGGAUGCUUUGGCUGUCUUUAUCGCGCUUUUGUUGGCAAUCUACGCCUACCUCAAGUGGACCUACCAAUAUUGGGCCAGGAAAAAUGUACCUUACCUGGAACCUAGUAUUCCCUUUGGGAACUUUUCUAAUCCUCUGAAUAUUAAGGAAUCAAUCAGUGACAGGGUAAAAAAUAUGUACGACAGAGCUCGAGCUAAAGGUUAUAAAUUCUGUGGGUUAUACGCCUUGGCAAGUCCUAUCGGUUUGAUUGUAGACUUAGACCUGGCGAAGCAUGUGAUGACGAAGGAUUUUAGCCAUUUCGUGGAUAGAGCGAAUUUUGUGAAUGGCAAGGACGACCCGUUAGGGGCUCAUCUCUUCUCUAUUGGAGGCAAGAAAUGGAGGAACUUGAGGAUCAAAGUUACCCCCACCUUUACUUCCGGCAAGCUGAAGGCUAUGUUCAAGACUUUGACGGACUGUGGGGUCAUUUUGGAAAAGUACUUUCAAGAAACACUUACAAAUGGGGACGCUGUAGAUAUCAAAGAUGUUUUUGCUCGUUUUACAACUGAUAUCAUCGGUUCCUGCGCUUUUGGUAUAGAGUGUAACAGCUUCAAGGAACCAGAUUCGCCCUUCAGACUUUACGGCCAAAAUUUCUUCACCGUAACCAGAUUGAGAAGCUUGCAGUUUGCUAUAGCAGCCAAUUUCCCAGCCCUUGGAAGGCUAGUGAAGGUGCGAGCUGUUGCUAAAGAUAUCACGGAGUUUUUCGUCAAAGUCGUCGAAGACACUGUCGCCUACAGAGAAAAGAACAACGUUAGAAGGAACGACGUUUUGCAGCUGCUUAUCGAUAUUAAAAAUAACAAGGAAGGUCGAGAGAACGGGUACAAAGGGGACGGCAAAUCUCUGACCAUGGACGAGUUAGCAGCGCAAUGCUUCGUAUUCUUCAUAGCAGGCUUUGAAACCAGCUCGACCACGGCCACCUUCGUCUUGUACGAAUUGGCGACUCAUCAGGGCAUCCAGGAUAAAGUCCGGGAAGAAAUCCAUACGGUUCUAGCGAAGCACGACAACAAAAUCACGUACGAUUCACUUAGCGAGUUGACGUACAUGAGACAAGUUAUUGACGAGGCUCUAAGGAAGUAUCCACCACUCCCGGUGGUCUCUAGGGUAUGCGUAGAAGACUAUAAUGUACCUGGGGAGGACAUCGUUAUAGAAAAGGGCACCAGGGUGUUUAUUCCCAUCGUGGGGUACCACUAUGAUAAAGAAUAUUACGAUAAUCCUACCGAAUUCGAUCCAGACAGGUUCACAGAGGAAAACAAGAAAGCCAGACAUCCAUACGCUCACAUCCCCUUCGGGGAAGGGCCCAGGGUGUGUAUAGGUGAAAGAUUUGGAAUUAUGCAAACCAAGGUAGGACUGACUUCAAUCCUAAGAAACUUCAGGGUGACUUUGAACAAAGAAACUCAGGUGCCCAUAAAAUUGUCUUUUAAAUCUUUCAUCACCACUGCCGAAGGUGGGAUUUGGUUAAACAUUGAAAAAGUCUAAAAUAUGUAAAUGCCUUUCGAUAUCGAUAUAAGGUUGGUGUAAGGUGGCCUUACACAAGUUCCUAUGCGACGAUAUUAGAAAGUAACGUAAGAAAUUAAGGACGUAUGAAUUUUAUGUAAGGCGCCUUAACACCUUCCAAUUUAGCAUUUAAGCUACUAUUGUAUUAUUAUAGAGAACUAUUUUUUGUAAAUAUUUGGAAUUAAAUAUAGUAUUCCUCUAAAGGUUUCAAGUUUA